ACGUCAGGGAUGAGACCCAUGGACCACAGCGUGCUGAAGUUGUCUCUUCUCCCUAUUCUUGCUAACAGUAUCUGCAUCAGGCACUCUAUCCAACGUAGCAAUUACUACUAUCCAAACACUAUCUAAUACAGCGAGUGCAAACCAACCAUCCAACACAGCCACUUCAUCCAGUGCAACCACACCAUCCUGUACGACCCGUCGAUGUCUGGCCAGCAUGCUGAUUGCGAAAGAAGCUCGGAGUCCGCCACAGUCUCCACGGUGCAUCUUAAUUAUCCGUGUGCCGUCAAUAGUGUACGAAACUCUGUCUGUCGUAAGUCCUCUCCGUUCCUUUAUUGAGUUAUGUACAAUGUGGUGAGUUUCAGAGAUAACAUAUUGACAUUUCUAUCGUUAUGUGAUGAAUUAUUCUCUUCCUAAUAGACACAAAAAACCUCCGCUUCGAGAGUCGUCUGGAAGUCCCGCUGUCUUGGGAAGACCCUGACUUAUCGUGGGACACAUCAGUCUAUCAUCAUGAUAUGGUUGUCCUGCCUGUCAGCAAAAUCUGGACUCCUGAACUCCAUGUGACUAAUGGAGUGCAAACAAUGAUGAAGCACGGCAACAAGGAUUUGCUGGUGCACAGCAACGGGACUUGUAGAGCACAUGGUCAUCAUGAACACUGUGGUGGGCUGUGAGGUCAAUCUGUACAACUACCCCUUCGCUUCAGAUUUCUGUGCCAUCGCCCUUAAUGUGUGGGCAAUUAGUGGAUGUGGCAUGUUCCUGAACUUUGGGAAAGUGAGCACAACUAACGCAAACCGCGGGGACUGGCUAACCGAGGCAGUGGAACUCAACGCUAAAGGAGGCAGAGAUGAUCGCAACUAUCUAUGGGUGUCGCUGAAAAUGCGGUCCGAAAACCCAUUUCUGUCCCUGGUCCUGCCCAGUAUACUGAUCAUCUUGGCUGAUGUGGGCAGCUUCGCCCUGCCGCUGGGAGAGAGCAAGCGCAUCCCCUUCAAGGUUAAACUGGUUCUCAGCUUCAUCAUGUUCCUCAACAUCCUCAAGGACCUACUGCCCGGAGGAGGCCAGUGCAGCCCCAUCAUCCGAAAGCACUUCUGUUUCUGUUUGGUCAUCCUGGUGUUGAGCACGUUGCAGUCUAUGGUGCUCACACGUCUGGCUAAGUGUGGCACUCUCCGGCCCUGCAGCCUCUCCAAGUCCAAAGACUCGCUGCUUAAAGACACAGACAAUGAAGAGGAAUCCAAGUCUGAUAUUACUGUCAUCAAACUGAAAGCCUCAGAGGAAGAGAAGAUGAAUACACCCCUCCAGAAGGUGGUGAAGUUUCUCAACAAAAUGGCUGCGCAAGACCAGAAAAAAGCAAGACGCCAUCGUUUUGCCAACAAAGUGGACUUGAUCUGUUUCUGUAUCUUUCUCACCGUCCUCAUUGUUUAUGCAGUCGUAAUUUUAUUUUUCUCCUUUGGUUCUCGAUGUGAGAUCAACCAUUUAGAAUUCUGGGAAUACUAAAUUCUUUAUUUGCUUUUAACAAUGAUAUUUAAAUAAAUAUAAAGUGUGUAUUCUUCWGUAGAGAUUUAACAAUAUUUAUUUCAAUAUGUUUGAAACUAYCCAGUCAUAUGUGGAAUAAUACAUUUAGCAAAUAGGACUAAAUAUAGCUGCAAGCAGCAAUGAACAGGUUUCAAAGGAUYACACAGGAGGUACAGUGCYGCCAUAAUGAAUACAGAAACAAUUUURUUCUCAAAAAACAUUCAAGACUGAUGUAAUGAGCCUAAGUGGGGUGUUCAUUGGAUAAACUAAUGAUGRGUUGAACAUAUGUCUGAACACAAACUAGUUGUCAGUUAUUGUUGCCRYUGGUGUAAACAUGUCUAACCAGUUUGCUAAUGUAGCKUGUGGCAACGAGCUCCUGAGUCUAGCUACAUUUUAGUCAGUAGCUAUCCUUCUAAAUGCGGUGGUUAUUGGAUAAACUACCUAUGAGUUGAACAUAUUUGGCUGAAAAUUAACUAAUAGCGAGUUGUUGUUAUCCAUGGUGGAACCAUCUAACCUGCCGGCUCCUGAAGCCCCCAUGAGCUCCUGAGUUUUGAAACAGUCUGCUAGCAUCGUAAAAUUAGCAUUUAGCCAGCAAACUGAGCAGUUUUACAAGGCUGAGAUGACUCAAACACUCUAGCAAACCCUGCUCUGGGAUAAUAUUAACGGGCUGCGGGAAUGUUACAUAUGUCUUUUAAUUGUACAGGGUUGCAAACUGGUGAGGGCCCAAAAUGGUGACCAUAUUUUUUGGGGGGUGGAAACACACAAAAAAUAUGUUUGAAAUACCAGAAAAUGUGCUUUUUUUCUGAGUAAAAUUGUCACGACACCAACAUUUUACUAACAAUGCGAUACCAGGCCAAGUAUCAUGAUACCUAGUAGUAUCGUGAUACCACAGGGGAAAUUCAUUUGCAUCCUGUUCACCCACCCCCAUGGAAAUCUGUUACCGUUUUCGAUACGAUUUGCACACGCUACACAAAAACCUGUCCCCGAUAUUCACACCUACUCAAUUUAACUUCACACUGUUUACUGUAUAAUAGAAUAGGCUACUGCAGAAAAUGGCUGARUUGCUCAUAUUCAAAGGCCUUCCUGUGAUUGGGCAGGAGGAAUGUUGUAUGGAUGGCAGGGUAGCCUAGUGGUUAGAG